UAAAAAAGGUUUCAGGAGUGGCUGCGAGCCGUGGAUUUCGCUCGAACGUCGCGGCCAGCCCAGGCGCCGCCGGCGCUCCUUCCCCCUUGGCUAUUUCUGGGGGGGACCGGACAGGGCCUGGCCCGGGGAGACAGGGCUUGGAGUCAGGUUUCCAGUUUGACUUCCAAAACUCCGAGGGCUCCGGCUGGAAGAGGACUGGAACCGCCCGCCAGGAGGAGUUCUGCGUGCUGCUUUGACAAGACGGGGUAGGAGGUGGAUGUUUGGAAGGUUCCACAAGAGCGUCCGCAGGGGUCUGAAGCAUUGUCAAGGUGUUGCCCCAGGAGAACUUUUGCUCAUGCCCAUUGUUUAAUCAUCAAUGAAAGGAAAGAGACAAAAGAGUAAACCAUAUAAGAAGAAAUGAGCCUUUCAUUUUGUGGAAAUAACAUUUCUUCGUAUAAUAUCUACGAUGGCGUAUUACAAAAUCCCUGCUUUGUGGAUGCCCUCAACCUGGUCCCACAUGUCUUCCUGUUGUUCAUCACUUUUCCAAUAUUAUUUAUUGGGUGGGGAAGCCAAAGUUCAAAAGUCCAAAUUCAUCACAACACAUGGCUUCACUUUCCUGGACAUAACCUGAGAUGGAUUCUUACUUUUGCGCUCCUGUUUGUGCAUGUCUGUGAGAUAGCCGAAGGCAUUGUUUCAGAUUCACGGAGGGAGUCCAGGCAUCUCCACCUCUUCAUGCCUGCCGUGAUGGGAUUUGUUGCUACGACAACAUCGAUAGUCUAUUACCAUAAUAUUGAAACGUCCAACUUUCCUAAGUUACUUUUAGCCUUGUUCCUGUAUUGGGUGAUGGCUUUUAUUACAAAAACAAUAAAAUUGGUCAAGUACUGGCAAUCUGGUUGGGGGGUGUCAGACCUGCGCUUCUGCAUCACAGGCAUCAUGGUCAUCUUGAACGGGCUCCUGAUGGCAGUGGAGAUCAAUGUCAUUCGGGUCAGAAGAUACGUAUUCUUCAUGAAUCCUCAGAAAGUAAAGCCUCCUGAAGACCUCCAGGAUCUGGGCGUGAGAUUUCUUCAACCGUUUGUGAAUUUACUGUCCAAAGCCACAUACUGGUGGAUGAACACACUGAUUAUAUCUGCUCAUAAGAAGCCCAUUGAUCUGAAGGCAAUUGGGAAAUUGCCAAUAGCCAUGAGAGCAGUAACAAAUUAUGUUUGCCUGAAGGAUGCCUAUGAAGAACAAAAGAAAAAAGCAGCAGAUCAUCCAAACCGGACUCCAUCUAUAUGGCUUGCCAUGUACAGAGCUUUUGGACGGCCGAUUCUGCUUAGCAGCACAUUUCGGUAUCUGGCUGAUUUACUGGGAUUUGCCGGACCACUCUGUAUUUCUGGAAUAGUUCAGCGCGUGAAUGAAACCCAAAAUGGAACAAAUAACACAACCGGAAUUUCAGAAAUUCUCUCAUCCAAGGAAUUUCUCGAAAAUGCUUAUGUUCUUGCAGUUCUUCUCUUCUUGGCUCUUAUUCUGCAAAGGACGUUUUUGCAGGCUUCCUACUACGUAACCAUAGAGACUGGCAUCAACCUCCGAGGAGCUCUGUUGGCCAUGAUAUACAAUAAAAUACUCAGGCUCUCUACAUCUAACUUGUCCAUGGGUGAGAUGACCCUGGGACAGAUCAACAAUUUGGUUGCCAUUGAAACCAAUCAACUCAUGUGGUUCUUGUUCCUGUGCCCCAAUCUGUGGGCUAUGCCUGUCCAGAUCAUAAUGGGAGUGAUUCUGCUCUACAAUUUACUUGGAUCCAGCGCAUUGGUUGGUGCAGCCGUCAUUGUGCUCCUUGCACCAAUUCAGUACUUCAUUGCCACAAAGUUGGCAGAAGCUCAGAAGAGCACUCUUGAUUACUCUACUGAAAGACUGAAGAAAACAAAUGAAAUAUUGAAAGGCAUCAAACUUCUCAAGUUGUAUGCCUGGGAGCACAUUUUCUGCAAGAGUGUAGAAGAAACACGAGUGAAAGAGCUAUCCAGUCUCAAAGCGUUUGCCCUGUACACCUCACUUUCCAUCUUCAUGAACGCAGCAAUUCCCAUAGCAGCUGUCCUUGCCACGUUUGUGACCCACGCCUAUGCCAGCGGGAAUAACCUGCAGCCUGCAGAAGCGUUUGCUUCACUGUCUCUGUUUCAUAUCCUGGUCACACCACUCUUCUUGCUGUCCACGGUGGUCAGAUUUGCAGUCAAAGCCAUCAUCAGUGUUCAAAAGCUCAAUGAGUUUCUCUUGAGUGAUGAAAUCGGUGAUGACAGUUGGCGAACUGGUGAAACUUCUCUUCCUUUUGAGUCCUGUAAGAAACACACCGGAGUUCAACCAAAAACUAUAAACAGGAAGCAGCCUGGAAGAUAUCACCUGGACAGCUAUGAACAGUCCACACGACGUCUGCGUCCCAUGGAGACGGAAGAUGUUGCGAUAAAGGUUACAAAUGGCUGUUUUUCGUGGGGCAGUGGUGCAGCUACUUUAUCCAACAUAGAUAUCCGGAUCCCAACAGGUCAGUUAACCAUGAUCGUGGGCCAAGUGGGAUGUGGGAAGUCCUCGCUUCUCCUUGCCAUCCUUGGUGAGAUGCAGACCCUGGAUGGGAAAGUUCACUGGAGCAAUGUAAAUGAAUCUGAGCCUUCUUUUGAAGCAACCAGAAGUAGGAACAGGUAUUCAGUGGCCUAUGCAGCCCAAAAACCCUGGCUAUUAAACGCCACAGUAGAAGAAAAUAUCACCUUUGGAAGUCCUUUCAACAAACAGAGGUACAAAGCUGUCACAGAUGCCUGUUCUUUGCAACCAGAUAUUGACUUAUUACCAUUUGGAGACCAAACUGAAAUUGGAGAGAGGGGCAUCAACCUGAGUGGGGGCCAGAGGCAGAGGAUCUGUGUGGCACGAGCUCUCUAUCAAAACACCAACAUUGUCUUCUUGGACGAUCCCUUCUCUGCCCUGGACAUCCAUUUAAGUGAUCACCUUAUGCAGGAGGGGAUUCUGAAAUUUCUUCAGGACGACAAAAGGACACUCGUUCUUGUGACUCACAAAUUGCAAUACCUGACCCACGCUGACUGGAUCAUAGCUAUGAAGGAUGGAAGCGUACUCCGAGAGGGCACUUUGAAGGACAUUCAAACCAAAGAUGUCGAGCUCUACGAACACUGGAAAACACUUAUGAACCGUCAGGAUCAGGAAUUAGAAAAGGAUAUGGAAGCUGACCAAACCACGUUAGAGAGGAAAACUCUCCGAAGAGCCAUGUAUUCAAGAGAGGCCAAAGCCCAAAUGGAGGAUGAAGAUGAAGAGGAAGAGGAGGAGGAAGAUGAAGAUGACAACAUGUCCACUGUGAUGAGGCUCAGGACCAAAAUGCCCUGGAAAACUUGCUGGCGAUACCUCACUUCCGGCGGAUUCUUCUUGCUCUUCCUGAUGAUUUUCUCUAAGCUUCUGAAGCAUUCAGUGAUUGUGGCCAUAGACUAUUGGCUGGCCACAUGGACGUCAGAGUACAGUAUAAACAAUACUGGGAAAGCUGACCAGACCUACUACGUAGCUGGAUUUAGCAUACUUUGUGGUGCAGGCAUUUUCCUUUGCCUUGUGACAUCCCUCACUGUAGAAUGGAUGGGUCUCACUGCAGCCAAAAACCUUCACCACAAUCUCCUCAACAAGAUAAUUCUUGGACCAAUAAGGUUCUUUGAUACCACACCUCUGGGACUGAUCCUCAAUCGAUUUUCAGCUGAUACCAACAUCAUUGAUCAGCAUAUCCCUCCAACUUUGGAAUCUCUAACUCGCUCAACACUGCUCUGCCUGUCCGCCAUUGGGAUGAUAUCCUAUGCUACUCCUGUGUUCCUGGUUGCUCUCGUGCCCCUUGGAGUUGCCUUUUAUUUUAUCCAGAAAUACUUCCGAGUUGCCUCUAAGGACCUCCAGGAACUUGAUGACAGCACCCAACUUCCACUGCUUUGUCACUUCUCAGAGACAGCUGAAGGACUCACCACCAUCCGGGCCUUCCGGCACGAAGCCAGAUUUAAGCAACGUAUGCUGGAACUGACGGACACAAACAACAUUGCCUACUUAUUUCUCUCGGCUGCCAACAGAUGGCUGGAGGUCAGGACGGAUUAUCUGGGAGCUUGUAUUGUCCUCACUGCCUCAAUUGCAUCCAUUAGCGGGUCUUCCAAUUCUGGAUUGGUGGGCCUGGGUCUGCUGUAUGCACUCACGAUAACCAAUUACCUGAACUGGGUGGUGAGGAACUUGGCUGAUCUGGAAGUCCACAUGGGUGCAGUGAAAAAAGUGAACAGUUUCUUGACUAUGGAGUCUGAGAACUAUGAAGGCACCAUGGAUCCUUCUCAAGUUCCUGAACAUUGGCCACAAGAAGGAGAGAUCAAGAUUCAUGAUUUGUGUGUCAGAUAUGAAAAUAAUCUGAAACCUGUUCUUAAACAUGUCAAGGCUUACAUCAAACCCGGGCAAAAGGUUGGUAUAUGUGGCCGCACUGGCAGUGGCAAGUCAUCAUUAUCCCUGGCUUUCUUCAGAAUGGUUGACAUAUUUGAUGGAAAGAUUGUCAUUGAUGGGAUAGAUAUUUCCAAACUACCCUUACACACACUGCGUUCUCGACUUUCAAUCAUUCUGCAGGAUCCAAUACUAUUCAGUGGUUCUAUUAGAUUUAAUUUAGAUCCAGAGUGCAAAUGCACAGAUGACAGGCUCUGGGAAGCUCUAGAAAUUGCUCAGCUGAAGAAUAUGGUCAAGUCUCUAUCAGGAGGUCUAGAUGCAGUUGUCACUGAAGGUGGGGAGAACUUCAGCGUUGGGCAGAGACAGCUGUUCUGCCUCGCUAGGGCCUUCGUCCGCAAGAGCAGCAUCCUCAUCAUGGAUGAAGCGACGGCCUCCAUCGACAUGGCCACAGAAAACAUUUUACAGAAAGUGGUGAUGACAGCCUUUGCAGACCGCACCGUGGUCACCAUAGCUCAUCGGGUUCACACCAUUCUGACAGCAGACCUGGUGAUUGUGAUGAAGCGAGGAAACAUCCUAGAAUAUGACACGCCAGAAAGCCUCCUGGCUCGGGAGGAUGGAGUAUUUGCUUCUUUUGUUCGUGCAGACAUGUGAAGGGUUCUUAAAAAGAGGCAUGUAUGUACAACCACGCAGUUAUAACCUAUUUGUGGAUUAUAUAAGCUUGACCCUCAUAAAAUAGCAUCUUAAAUUUUUACAAAUUUUGUAUAAGCAAAUAAGUUGAUAUUUCUCUAUUCUUUAAAAUGGUUUUCCAAAGUGUUACUGUUGAGAAUGUUCAUUACUGAUGUUUUUCUACAAUAGCAGCUGUAUUAAAACAUGUAAGCUAUUCUAGGUGGUGACUCUAGGAAAAUCUGUUGCAGCUGUGUGUCCAGAUGAGGUGACUGUGCUUUUACCUGAAUCCAAAUACUUCUGAAAAGUUCUACAGAGAUGGACAAAAAUGGUUCAUGGCAUUUAGAUUAUUGGAAAAAAAUAGUGUUUCCUGAAAGUUAAACGUAGAAUAGGGUCAAUACCCAUUAAUGCAAUCUUAAAAAUAACUUUCUAAAAACUGACCCAAUCUCCUACAAUAUUGCUGUCAUGAAAUGUUUCAUAAGGCUGCAUAUGCAUAAUGCUUGUUACCGUUAUGCCACAUUCCCUCACAGAAAUGAGUUUUUCCCCAUAGUGAUAAUGAGUGAGGAUAUUUUAAAAUCAUAUUUCUACAUAGCCACUAAACUGAAAAUCAUGUUUACCAUUCUUACACCCAAGUGUUGGCUAGGGCUCAUAACUUUGUUACUUGAGUAAAUGUUUGUUUACAAACUAAAUUGACUGAAUAAAGUCAAGGAUGAUGACUUUACAUAAUUAACCACUUAGUACAUUAUAUAUAUUGUUGAAUAUAAAGGUUCACCUUGAACUAAUAUUUAAUAUAUAGGUACUUAACCAAAUUUUACGUUUGAUUAAUCAAAUUUUGCUAUUUUCAAUUUUAAAUACUUAUUAUAAAUGCAUAAUGCUUUAUUAUCAAAUAACAGGGUUACUGAAAUCAUGGAAUGCAAAAAUACUUAUCUGAAAGGCUCUACUUUUUACUGUUCCUCAUGAUUCACUGAGAGUUUGCUUCACUCUAGAUUAGAAUCGUGAGACUUGUCUGAGUAUCUGGUAUCUGAGAUCUGGGACCAUGUCGUCUUUGUGCUCCUAACACUAAAUCUAAAUGCUCAGCCACAGUCACCCCUCAUAAAUAUAGCUGGCUGGUCCAUGGACUAGUUUUACUGCUAGCCGUGUACCUAUAACUGUGGGUUAGUCUCUACUCUCCUGUGUUGUGUGUAUUCUAUUUAUUCUCUAGUAUGUAUGAAUGUUUUUAUUCUCGACAAUAAAUGUGUUUAUUCUAUAUGAUAUAUGAAAACAUAUUGGAUUGCUAUUACCUAAUAAAUUACUCUGUUGCACAGUUAAA